GCGGCCGUGUGAGAGUACUUAACGAUGGCCUCUCGUCGUCUCUGCCAUUCGAAAGCUGUGAGCUUCAAUUGUGCUACUGGAAGUCUAGCAUAAUCGAUCAUCAUGGUUCGUUCAGAGAAGCUGCGCGCAGCAGCUGCCUUCCUGGCAUCUCUUGCUCUGGUCAAUGGACAAAACGAGACCACCACCCCAGGUGUCCCAGCCUGGAACCACGAGGACUACACCACCAGUCCUCCAGUCUACCCAUCGCCAAACAUCACCGGCAUUGGCUGGGAGGAAGCUCUCGAGAAGGCCAAGGAGUGGGUUGCACAGUUGACUACUGAAGAGAAGUCAGCACUCGUUACUGGUACUGAGGGACCUUGCGUUGGAAACAUCGCACCCAUUCCUCGUCUUGGCUUCAAUGGCCUUUGCCUCCAAGAUGGUCCUCUCGCCAUACGUCAAGCAGUUUACGCAAAUGUCUAUCCCGCAGGUCUGACUGUUGGUGCUUCAUGGGACAAGAAACUUGCAUAUGAGAGAGCUGUACACAUAGCAGACGAGUACAGAGAGAAGGGAUCUCAGGUCAUUCUGGGACCUGUCGCUGGUCCUCUUGGACGAAGUGGUCUUGGAGGCAGAAACUGGGAAGGUUUCUCAGUCGAUCCAUACUUGACUGGUAUCUUCAUGUACGAGACCAUCAAGGGACACCAAGACCGAGGUGUUCAAGCUUGCGCAAAGCACUUGGUGGGUAACGAGCAAGAGACUCAGCGUAACCCAACCACGAACGACAACAACAUCACCAUCGAAGCUAUCUCCUCCAACAUCGACGAUCGCACGAUGCACGAACUCUAUCUCUGGCCCUUCCAAGAUGCCGUCCAUGCUGGUGUGGCAUCUUUCAUGUGCUCAUACAACCGUCUCAACGCAUCUUACGCCUGCCAGAACAGCAAGCUUCUAAAUGGCAUCCUGAAGGAAGAGCUUGGUUUCCCGGGCUGGGUUGUCUCCGACUGGAUGGCAACACAUGCUGGAUACCACGCUGCAGAUGCAGGUCUCGACAUGAACAUGCCCGGCGGUAUUGAGUUCCAGGUUUCUCAGCCAUCCUUCUGGGGUGCCAACCUCACCACUUCGGUCAACAACGGCAGCUUGGCUGCCAGUCGUUUGGACGACAUGGCACACCGCAUCAUGGCACCAUAUUUCUACUUGGGUCAGGACCAGGACUACCCACUUAUCGAUCCAUCUACUCCAUCUACUCAACGCACCUGGAACACUAGCCAGUACCGCUACAACUGGACCUACGGUGAUGAGGUGGUUGAUCUUCGUAAUGCCGAGAGAGUCAAGCACAUUCGCGAGCUUGGCUCCGCUGGUUCCGUCCUCCUCAAGAACGUUAACAACACUCUGCCACUCAAGAACCCACAAAACAUUGGUGUUUUCGGUAACGAUGCCGGUGACAUUGAUGAUGGAUUGUACUUCGCUCAACUCACCCAAGAGAUCGGCUACGAGUUUGGUGUACUUCCUACUGCGGGAGGGUCUGGUACUGGUCGACACACCUACGUGGUGACCCCACUCGAGGCCAUCAAGGCCAAGGCUGGCGAGGGUGCUCUUGUCCAGUACAUUCUCAACAACACCAUCAUCGCCGCCGAAGGUGGCUUCGUUCGCGUCCUUCCAUCGCCUCCAGAUGUCUGCCUCGUCUUCCUCAAGACCUGGGCAUCUGAGGCUUACGACCGUACCAGCCUGCUCCCUGACUUCAACGGUACUGGUGUUGUUGAGGCUGUUGCCAAGGAGUGUGCUAACACCGUCGUGAUCACUCACUCCGCUGGUCUGAACGUCCUGCCAUUCGCUGACCACCCUAACGUCACUGCCAUCGUCGCAGCUCACCUUGGUGGACAGGAAGUUGGAAACUCCAUCGUCGACCUCCUCUGGGGUGAGAUCAACCCAAGCGGCAAGCUCCCAUACACCAUCGCCAAGGGCGUGAACGACUACGACUUCGUCCCAAUCAUCAACUCCACCGAGCUCCUCGAGACCGACGACCCCAACGCCUGGCAAGACGACUUCGAAGAGGGUCUUCUCACCGACUACCACCACUUCGACUACUACAACCUCAGCGUCCAAUACGAAUUCGGUUUCGGUCUCUCCUACACCACUUUCGAACUCGAGGGCGCAGAAAUCACCCCUCUCACCGAAGGCCCAAUUGCUGCCCUCCCAGAAGACCUCCCAGUCGCCGUCGGUGGUAACCCAGCCCUCUGGGAGAAACUCUACUCCGUCAAGACCACCGUCACCAACACCGGCGAUAUCGCCGGUGCCACUGUUCCUCAACUCUACCUCGCUCUUCCACAAAUCGCCAACUCGGCGAUCACUCCUCCACGCGUCCUGCGUGGUUUCGAGAAGGUUCACCUCGAGCCUGGUGAGAGCCAGGAAGUUACUUUCGAGCUCAACCGCCGCGACAUCUCCCACUGGGAUAUCUACUCGCAGCAGUGGAAGAUCUCGGAAGGAGCGAAGAUUGGUGUUGAGGUUGGGCUCUCGAGCAGGGAUAUUAUUGCUACGGGCGAGUUUACGCCUAUUGAGAAGGCUGCGUACAGGCCUCGCAGGGUUUAAGAUCUUUGAUUUCAUGACAUUGAGAUGAGAAAACGUGGCUCGACUUGGGGAUUUGCGCAGCUUCGUCGGGAUUUGCUGCCAGCUCACUUGCAUACAGUGAGUUGAGUGUGGCGUCGUUGCAUCGCUGCUGUUGAGUGAGGAGCGAGAAUGCCCCCGAGCCAAGGAACGGUCGGGAGGCAAGUCCUUCCGCUCACUCAGCGACAGCAGCCAACGCAACGAACGAACCGAACCCUAAAUGAUGAAAGCAUCUCAGAAAAGAGACAUAGAAUUUAACGAAUGAAUGUAAUGUGAUCUUGACGACUA